CGCGCGCGCGCUAGAGGUGGGAGUGGGUGCUCGUGUAGCUGCUGGAAGCCAGGAUGGGAUAAUCAUGCGUGUCUGGCUCCGGGCGUUGAUGCAGCUGCCGUUGCUGGAUCCGGACUGGACUCAGGGCGCAGGGUGGGUCUAGUUCCCGACUGGAGCUAUUUGGACCUCAUGUCGAUGAUAUCAAGCAUUCCGAGAAAGACGACGGCGAUGGCCGUGAGAGGAGUUUGUUCAGCUCUUUGAAACGUCCAGGCGAGAGAAAUCGACCGUUUCCGCCGAUGGAGGACAGAAUUAGCCGGUAUUAAAGCGCAGCGCCGGUUUGGAAUAACUUGGAAAAGGGGAGAGAGGAUACCGAGGCACCCCUUAGAGGAUAUCUAAGGAGCCAUCACUUGUUUUCUGUAUGUUAUUUUUAACUGGGAUAGAGAUAAAAAACCGCACCUGGAAGAACGGCUCACUUUUGCAUCGGUAAUUAGGAGAGGACUGCCUCCUUGGAGCGACCGGCAGCCGCAUCCAACCGACCGGGGGGGAUUCUUGGAUGGAGAGGGCGCAGUGAGGGCUGAGAGAGCGGCUUGCCGUGUGUAGGAGGAGACGGAGGGAGACCUGGCAGUUUAGAGCGACGGGGAGCCAGGAGAGGCGCGGCGGCUCCAUGAGCGGCUCCUGCCGAGCGCCCAGAGCCCAGCCGGAGCGUCUCCACUGCCGCGGGUAAAACCCCGGGCUAAAGGACGGCGGCCAGUUUGGAAGUUUUGAUGCAUAUGAUCACAACCACCAUGAUUUUUAUGAUUCUUGGUGCUUCAGUUGUAAUGGCGAUAGCCUGUUUAAUGGACAUGAACGCACUACUGGAUCGCUUUCACAACUACAUCUUACCGCAUCUACGAGGGGAGGACCGCGUCUGUCACUGCAACUGUGGAAGGCAUCAUGUCCACUAUGUAAUCCCAUAUGAUGGGGACCAUUCCUUGGUGGACUCAUCAGAGAACUACUUUGUGAGUGACAGUGUGACCAAGCAGGAGAUGGACUUGAUGCUGGGGCUGCUGCUGGGCUUCUGCAUCAGCUGGCUGCUGCUGUGGCUGGACGGAGUCCUACACUGUGCUGUCAGGGCCUGGAAGGCAAGCCGUUACUACGAUACCCCUUCCUGGUCAUGGCUGCCCCAGUUCUGCAACCUCCGAGACCUCCGUCGCCGAGCCCAGCUCAGACAGCUGGAAGACUCCAGCGGCAACAUGGUCCAUAUCAAGCAGAAGCUCUACCACAACGGCCACCCUAGUCCACGCCACCUCUGACUCUAAAACACAAAAUAAAAAAAAUAAAAAACCUAGACCCCUCCCAUCCCGUAAAAUCCCUUUUCCUCAAAUAAAAUCCCCCCUCCCAAACUGCUCCUUGGUCAACUGUUGCCUCAGAGACCCUGGAAAACUGCCCUCCCACUGAUCAUAACUUAGCCCCCUUAAACCCUCAUGACAGGACUUUCUUAUGACUAAACCCGGCCCCUGUCAACACAAAAUCAUCACAAAAUUGAGCAAGAUGAUAAUUAUUUGUUGCCACUGAAAUCUUGUCUUAUGUCCAUGUCCACUGUUGUGGGAGGAGGAAG